AUGGCGAUUGGAUCAUCUCCUCUUCCUCAUGACUCUCGAAUCUCUUUUCUUCCCGACGUUGGAACGUCCAGCCCUUUAAGCGCCGCGGAAGAGUAUCGGAUCGAGAGUCCGUUUCAGCCGCUUACGAAGCUUCACCAUCACCACAUCAGGCUUCAGAUCAUCUGA